AGCACAUAUUUUUGGAGCAUCUUAAUGAUCAUGAUGUUGGCUUAGGUACAGAGCGUCUAAUAGAUCCCCAAGUGGCUUUGACACUUAAGUCUUACAAUAUUUAUUUGGCACAGUGUGUCCUGUUUCCACUUCCAGACCUCUCUGAAAUGAGCAGGUACCAGUGAGCCGUAGCAGCGGAGCUGUACGUUUAUUUACUCUGUUUGCUGCGUAUAAUAGCGUCCUUCUUUUGGAAACUGGAAAUCGGUACCUGAGCACAGUUGUAUCUGUGUGUGACUCCUGUGUUUUCCAAAGUGGAAUUAAGGAAAUAAAGUUCUGGCUGUCAAAGGCACAGUUGUCAGAGAGUUUGUGUUUCACUCUGCGCUAACACUCUUCUCUCUAAAGUGCUUUUGUUUCACUGUGUUUGAGUCAAGCAGGAUCACCUGUCAAUCUGAUUCAGCUCCAUCGUCUCAUUUUGUUCCUCUCGUGGAAAUCAAUACAGAGGAAAUGUAAUAUUCAAACAGACAAAGAACAGAUGAUUUGUGUUAUAUAUGAGAGUUUCCUCCCAAAACCCAGCCUUACUGGAUAUGUGUUCAGUGCUGUUAUAACAUUUAACACUGAAAAGCUUCUCCACUUGUUAAACUAGAACCUCCAUCAAGGCCAAUGGUGCGUUCACGUGCUCCUCGGAAGGAGUUAACAAAGCCGUUCUUCCAACUUUGGUGCGUUCAUGAGUUUUAAGUUUUAAUGUGGAAACAACAUGGAAGAUAAAAAGAUGUGUUGUAUGUUAUUAGUCAGAUUAACACUUUGAUUUUUUGCGGCAGAGUUGAUCAAGUGAAUUUUCCCAGUCGGUAACUCAUUUAUCGGAUUAUUUCGACACCAUAUAAAUGCAGCACAAAAGCCCUAUCUUGCAAUGUUAACGGAAGUGAAACAUAAUUCAUGUAUCCGCCCCGUGAUUCGUAUCUUCAUUGGCCCAUGCUUCACCCUUCCACCAAGUUUCAUCAAUAUCGGGCCUGUAGGAUUUUCGAAAUCCUGCUGACAAUCAAACAGACGGGAAAACCGAGGCCAAAACAUAACCUCCUUGGCGGAGUAACAAUCUACUAAAUGGCACAGAACAUACAUUAGCUGCAUGGUUCAUUCUGAAUAGAUGUCGGCGUUAGGUGGAACAAAAAGGGCUUUGUUAUUCAGGUGGAUACAUGCCUAGCAACAUUAGUAGUGCCUCAAAGCUAAUUAUAUUUGGUAACUCCUCAGGUGAAGAAGAAUAUCCUGGAGGAGGAGAUUCACUGUCCACCUGAGGCCUCUGUGCUGCUGGCCUCCUAUGCUGUCCAUGCAAAGUACGGAGACUACGACCCCAAUGUUCACAAGCCUGGCUUCUUGGCUGAGGAGGAACUGCUUCCAAAGAGGGUGAUUAACUUGUACCAGAUGACUGCAGAAAUGUGGCAGGAGAGGAUCACAGCGUGUUAUGCAGAGCACAGGGGCAGGACGAGAAGCUGAGAUGGAGUAUUUAAAAAUAGCUCAGGACCUGGACAUGUAUGGCGUCAAUUACUUUUUAAUCAGGAAUAAAAAGGGAACAGAUCUUCUCCUGGGAGUGGACGCCCUGGGUCUGCACAUCUACGAGCCGGACAACAGGCUGACCCCCAAGUGCUCCUUCCCUUGGAAUGAGAUACGCAACAUCUCCUACAGCGACAAGGAGUUUACCAUCAAACCUCUGGACAAGAAAACCAAUGUUUUCAAGUUCAACAGUUCUCGGCUAAGAGUCAACAAGUUGAUCCUCCAGUUGUGUAUAGGGAACCAUGACCUGUUCAUCCGCCGGCGGCGGCUGGACUCGCUUGAAGUACAGCAGAUGAGAUCUCAGGCCAGAGAGGAGAGGGCCAGAAAACAGGUAGAGAGGCAGCGCCUGCAAAGGGAGAAGCAGCUGCGGGAGGAGGCAGAGAGAGCCAGGGACGAGCUGAAAAGGAGGCUGAUUCAGCUGCAGGACGAGGCUCACAUGGCCAACGACGCGCUGCUGCGUUCGGAGCAGACGGCAGACCUGCUGGCUGAAAAGGCCCAGAUCGCAGAGGAGGAGGCGAAGCUGCUGGCCCAGAAAGCUGCAGAGGCCGAGACAGAGAUGCAACGCAUCAAAGUGACUGCCAUCCGAGGCCAGGAGGAGCGGCGGCUCAUGGAGCACAAGAUGCUGGAGGCAGAGAUGCUGGCCCUCAAGAUGGCCGAGGAAUCGGAGAGGAGGGCCAAGGAGGCUGAGCAGCUGAAGCAGGACCUGCAGGAAGCCAAGGAGUCGGAGCGCAGGGCAAAGCACAAACUGCUGGAGAUUACCAGCAGGGCUGUCUAUGCGUCCCCUGAACUGCCAUCUGACAGCAUGCCUCCCGACCUGAGCUUCAGCAGGGAGAACCUCAGCUUUGACUUUAAAGAUACCGACAUGAAACGCCUCUCCAUGGAGAUCGAGAAGGAGAAGGUCGAGUACAUGGAGAAGAGCAAGCACCUGCAGGAGCAGCUGAAUGAGCUGAAGACAGAGAUUGAAAGUCUGAAGAUGAAAGAGAGGGAGACUCCUCUGGACAUCAUUCACAACCAGAACACCGAGCAGGGGACCAGCAAGCACAGCAACUUUAAAAAGCUAACACUGCAGAGCACCAAGUCCAGGGUCGCCUUCUUUGAGGAACUUUAAACUACUGUAAAGGUGGGGAUGCACAACUGCCAAGAACCUCAUGAUUCUACAUUCCUGGUCAGUUGAAAUGAUCGGCCACGCUUUAAGAACUUAUGCUCCACAAAAAUGACCACUACCUUGAUCUGCAGCAGCUCCAGUGGCCUCAUGUGUAUGCACAAACAAGGAUGCAUGUAAAAAAUGGAGUGAAUAUUUUGAAGUGUGUUUUGUUUGUAUUAAUCUCAUUGAACAAAGGUAGACGAUGCAGAGGAAUACAAAUGUAUUUUGACUGCUCCGGUUCCACUGUGGCUCUAAUGAGACAGUACUGGUGGAGUUUAGAUCAUGUCUAAAUGGGAUGACCUACAAUAUUUGACUGCCUAUUCUUUUUGAAAUGUAAAAGAGAAAUAAACCUCUAAGGGAUAAAGUUGAAGAGGACAAAUUGAUUAUAUAUGUUGCCCUUAAUCUGACUCAAAUAUUUGAUAUUUAGUGGUUAUAGGCAGACUGCCCAUUUGAUUCAUAAUGCCAACAAAUCCCUCCAAACAAUAUGUUCUUUCUUCACUUAAUAACUUCACGCUGCUUUAGUUUUCUUGUUUCAAUGGAAUGCGUUCAUAAAAAACGAAACGUUCAAGCAGCAGAAACAAGGCAUUUUAUUGCCAUAAUACAUUUAAACAGCCGUCUUUUAUUAAUCGUGGGAGUUGACGGACUGUGGUGGAUAUUAAUGAUCCACUUCUGAGAUUUAUAACAAGUCAUUUGUCUUGGUUGUGUUGUUUGUCCAGUGUUUUUUAAAUCUCAUAAUGUGUGUCCAUGUUUGUGCCUUUAUGCAAAUGUAUAUGGUGACUGUUGACAUAAUGUUGUACAUGAUGUGUUUCUUGUGUACACUGAGGAAUCAUGUUACUCUGGCUGCCUCAAGCAGUCCAACACUUGAUUAAGAUGUCCUUACACAAGGUAGCGAGUACACUCUGCUCUGCUCUCGAAAGUGAAGACACUAUUAUUUGUACUAGGUUGUUCUUAGAAUACAAACUGGAUGAAGGAACUGUGAUUCUUAGGUGUGAGCUUGUGUCACAUCUAUCAUCUAUCACAGUUUGUUUUUUGUGAAGACAACCACUGUUGAAUUUGAAUUUGUAUCUAUUUUUGAAUUAAUGUGCUCUUUCCCUUUUGAAAGCAAUUUAUUUUUGGUGUAUUACAAUGUGAAGAAAAUAUGUAUUUGUUUCUUCUUGACUGCAUUUAACAAUGAUAAUAAGCAGUAUUUGAAAUGGACCGUUGGGGGAAGUUACAUUACCUUUUAUAACUAGAUAUACAUUUUCACUGGAACAUUGUACCAGAUAUGUAUGUAUGCAUGUAAAAUAAAUGAAUAUCAUUU